UUUUUUCUUUCUUUCUUUCUUUUUACUAUCAUUUGCGAUAGCUUUCGUGAAGCUCGCUGCACUUUAAAGGAAUAAGUCAUCGAGGAAACUUUCAUACACAGAGUAGUCCAGCAUGGAAGUGCGUACAAUCAUCCUGGAUAUUUUGGAGGAUCUGACUCAUCGUGAAUUUAUGGAAUUCAAAUGGCACUUAACUGAUGGCAGAAAAGGCAAAACCAAAUUUCCAAGAAGUAUAUUGGAUCACGGGCAUGACUUGCAUGAGACUGUGGAGCGUAUGAUUAGUUAUUUGAAUCCUGAUGGUGCUGGGAAGAUAACUGUGGACAUUUUGAAAAUGAUGAGCAGGGAUGAUCUUGCAGGGCAGUUGCAGAUGAAACUAGAUCAUUAUAUGCGUAGCGAUCCAAAUUACAAGUUAUACAAAUCCAAAUAUACUUCUGAGUCUGAUACAGCACAAUCACAGGAGAGAUGCAAACCUGCAGUUCUUAGACAAUGUAAAACUUGUGCUGAUGCCAGGGAAUGUGACGAGCAGGACUCAGAUGAAUGGGAACUGAUUGAACCGAGUGUGAUCUCAGAGGAUGCACAGACAAAGUACAGACUAGAGCUUACAGCAGGCCUUUAUGAAUGCAGCACGACUGGUCUUCGUAUUGAAUGCUCCCGUGAAGUUCAGCUUGAGUAUCACAUUUGUGACUGGGAAUGUGUAGCUGAUUUUCCAGGAAUGGAGCAUUUUACACCGUGUGGCCCCUUGAUGGAUAUUGCUGUCAUCUCAGGAAAACUAAAGGCAGUCUAUCUACCUCACUUUCUGUGUUUAGGUGGAUCUCCUAUUAAUGAUGAAGUGAGGGUUGUUCAUGUUGAAGAAAGUGGGAUUUAAUUUGAGAAAUGCACGUUAACUAGAUUCCAUGCCAAACUCCUGAACCACUACUUCUCCCCGAAAGGUGUUUUAUUGAGGAUUGGCUUCCCU